CCACGUUUCAAUGAUGAACACGUUUUCAUAAAUUAAAAAUUAAAAAAUAAAAAUGGCGCACGAUGACCAUUUGAUGAACUUGUACUCAGUGACCAGAAUCGCGUUAACUUUGGGUCCUAGUUUAGGGUUUCUGUUAUACCUACACCAUCAAACUGUGGAAUACCGUGCGGAUAUUUUGGACAAAGACUAUCGCAUAGAAGAUACAAAAUUUAAGGAUAUCGAUGAUUACUAUGACUUUAUUAUCAUUGGUGGAGGUAGUGCAGGUUCAGUUCUUACAAACCGCCUAAGUGAAAAUCCAUCAUGGCGGAUAUUACUCCUCGAAGCAGGCCCGGAUGAAUUCCCAGAAAUAACAGACCUACCAAUAAUGUUCCCCGCUUUACAACUAAGUCCAUUAGACUGGAAGUUUAAAACCGAAAGGAGUGAAUAUUUCUGUUUAGGAAUGAAAAACUAUCAGUGUUUAUGGCCUCGUGGUAAGGUCCUAGGUGGGUCAUCAGUACUCAACGCAAUGUUAUACAUCAGAGGUAAUCGAUAUGAUUAUGACGCCUGGGAAAAACAAGGUAAUCCCGGCUGGAGUUACAAAGACGUGUUACCCUACUUUAAAAAAGCCGAAGACAUACAAAUCGAAGACCUAAAAGGUGAUUACUACCAUGGGUCAGGUGGAUACCUCACUGUGGAAGACUUCAGGUACCAUUCACCAUUAGUACAAUGGUUUCUGGAUGCUGGGGAGCAAUUAGGGUACCAUGUAAGAGAUGUCAACGGAGAAUACCAAACUGGGUUUACUUUGAGUCAUGGUACCCUGAGGAAUGGUCUCAGAUGUAGUACAGCAAAAGGUUACCUAAGACCUACCCGCAAUAGAGAAAAUGUAGACAUAUCGCUGUUUACACUCGCCGAGCGUAUAAUCAUAGACCCUGUUACCUAUGAAGCAACUGGUGUGGAAAUCAACAAACACGGACUCAAAAAAACAGUCUACACCAAUAAAGAAGUUAUAUUAUCAGCUGGUGCAAUACAAUCACCACACUUGUUGAUGUUAUCCGGCGUAGGACCAUACGAACACCUCGCUCAUUUCGGCAUACCAACAUAUGUAGACUUACCAGGUGUUGGUAAAAACCUACAGGACCAUGUCGCAAUGGGAGGUCUUACAUAUUUAUUCGACGCACCUGAAGACUACGAAUCUCUUGGAUUCAAACUAACCAGUAUCUACACAACAGAAAACGUAGACGCUUUCAUUCACAAUGAAGAAGGUCCUGUGUAUUGGUUACCAGAAGUGGAAGCAAUGGCGUUUGUGCAUUCAAAAUACUCAAACGCUUCUUAUGACUGGCCUGAUAUUCAGUUAUUCUUUGCUUCCUAUGCGGAAAACACUGAUGGUGGGCUGUUUAGUAAACGAAUCGUAGGGAUCACAGAUGAUUUCUACACAGCAGUGUAUGAAGAAAUAUUAUAUCAAGAUGCUAUGAGUGUAAUUCCUUUAUUAAUGCGACCAAAAAGCCGAGGAUGGUUGGAAUUACAAGACACCGAUAUCAAGAAACAACCAUUAAUUUAUCCCAAUUAUUUUGAUUAUGAAGAGGAUAUAGAGGUGUUAAUUGAAGGUGCGAAAAUCGCGAUGGAAUUGAUGACUAAUACGGAAGUUAUGAAAUACAACGUCAGAAUAAAUCAUCUUAGGAUACCAGGUUGUGCACACCUUGACUUUGACUCUGAUGAAUACCUCAAAUGUCAAGCAAGGCAUUAUACAUUAACAAUAUAUCAUCCUGUAGGAACGUGUAAAAUGGGUCCAGACAGUGACCCAAUGUCAGUUGUCGAUGCACACCUCAAAGUUAAAGGUGUACCACAUCUACGAGUGAUAGACGCGUCCAUAAUGCCCACGCUGGUGACAGGAAACACAAACGCGCCCACAAUCAUGAUCGCCGAGAAGGCGGCCGAUUUAAUCAAAGCCGAAUGGGGCUACUCAGACUACGAUGAUGAUGGUUAUGUGGGUGCUGAGCACCGCAAUCAAGACCUAGACUACUGGUAAACUCAGUCAAACGUUCACCAAUGACAAUAAUUACGUAAUUAAGCACUUAACAAUUUAUAGAAAAAUAU